AUGGCCCUGUGUAACGUCUACCACAUGCGAGCUGCGAUGGCUCUGAUGGUGGGCAGAUAUGCGGGCGCUGACCUCAUCCCUGGAGCAGCGGAGAUACACUGUGACAAGCUCAAAACACAUGGCGGGCUGCCUCACACUCUGCACCCAGGCCGCUCUCUGCUGCAAGUAGCACCUGCAGCAAAGGACAACUACAAAGAGAUGAUCCCUGACAACAUCUCCUUUCUUCUGAGCCUCCCGCAUGACCCCGACCGGCACCAUAUUGGAAAAACAUCUCUGCUCUGGACUGCUCCUGACCGGACACCGCUGCAGCCCCUGGGGACGGCUCAAUCUGACUCUAGCUGGGUUCUCGCCCGCUCAGAGCUGGCCACCAUUUUUCGGCUGUCUGGUAGAUGUCCACUCAUCCAGACACAACAGGUGGAAUGUCCCAUGCGGGUCCCUCCCCAGGGGCCGGGCUGUCCCCAGGGCCAGACCCCUCCCCAGAGCCAAGGAGAGUACUCUCAAGAUGGCAUGUACGGAAUGCAUAAGCCAAUGGAGGGAAUGAAUGACAAGCCCAUGGCUGAUCCAAUGCACUUCGGUCACAUGAAAAAUGUGGGAAUGAGAUCCUUGCACAGUGGCAUGGGGCCUCCACAGAGUCCAAUGGAUCCACAUAGCCAAGGAUACAUGUCCCCUCACCCGUCACCAAUGGGAACGCAUGAGCACACUCCUAUGUCAGGAAGUAGUGGAGGACCCACACCUCCUCAUAUUCCCCCGUCACAGCCUGCUCCUCUAAUGUCAAUUGAACCCCAGGGAGCUAUGGGGCCAAACAUGAGUGGCCGGGGACCUUCUGCUUUCAGUCCAGUUCAGCUUCAACAGCUCCGAGCUCAGAUUCUAGCUUAUAAGAUCUUGGGCCGAGGGCAGCCUUUGCCUGAAAACCUUCAACUGGCGGUUCAAGGCAAGAGGUGUCUUCCCACAAUGCAACAACCGCCACAACAGCAGCAGCCACAGCAGGGGCCUGGGUCUAGUCCUUAUAAUAGAUCAGGAAUGGCUGUUCCACCUAUGUGUGGUCCACAGUCCAGUCCUUCUGCUACACCAGCAAUGCAAGGGCACAGCCAAAGUGCAGUUCCAAAGACUUGGCCGGAGGGCCAGAGUGGUGAGAGUCAGAGCGGCCCUCCAAAGCACUUGACUCCAUCCGUUGGUGGGCGGCCGUCUCCUGUGCCCCCUCAGAUCCCCGGGGCUCCUGGACUCAUGCCGGGCGGCUCCCUGACCCCUCAGCCCUCUGCACAGCCAGUGUCCCCUAUGCUGCAGAUGCAACAGAAACAGAACCGCGUCACCCCGAUCCAGAAACCCCAAGGCUUGGACCCAGUGGGCAUCUUACAGGAGAGAGAGUACAGACUUCAGGCAAGGAUCGCACAUCGUAUCCAGGAAUUGGAAAGUUUGCCCGGUUCUCUGCCGCCCGACUUGAGAAGUAAAGCAACCGUGGAACUCAAAGCAUUACGCCUGCUCAACUUUCAGCGACAGCUGAGGCAGGAUGUGGUGGCCUGCAUGAGGCGAGACACGACCUUGGAGACCGCCCUGAACUCGAAGGCCUACAGACGCAGCAAGAGGCAGACGCUGAGGGAGGCACGCAUGACCGAGAAGCUGGAGAAACAGCAGAAACUGGAGCAGGAGAAGAAACGCAGACAAAAGCAUCAGGAAUAUCUGAACAGCAUCCUUCAGCACGCUAAGGACUUUAAAGAAUACCACAGGUCAAUCACUGGUAAGAUCCAGAAAGCGACUCGAGCUAUAGCCACAUGGCACACCAACACCGAGCGCGAGCAGAAGAAGGAGACGGAGCGCAUCGAGAAGGAGAGGAUGAGGAGGCUCAUGGCUGAAGAUGAAGAGGGCUACAGAAAACUAAUUGACCAAAAGAAAGACAAACGUCUGGCCUACUUGCUGCAACAGACAGACGAGUAUGUUGCCAACCUCACCACGCUGGUUUAUGAGCAUAAAGCCGCUCAAGCUGCCAAGGAGAAGAAGAAGAAAAAGAAAAAAAAGAAGAAGGCGGAUGAAGGUGAAGGCACCAGCGCUCUCGGACCAGACGGAGAGCCCAUGGAUGAGAGCAGUCAGAUGAGUGAGCUUCCUGUCAAAGUUAUUCAAACAGAGACGGGGAAGGUUCUGCAGGGAACAGACGCUCCCAAGUCCAGCCAACUGGAGGCCUGGCUAGAAAUGAAUCCUGGUUACGAAGUCGCCCCACGUUCAGACAGUGAAGAGAGUGGCUCUGAAUUCGAAGAGGAGGAGGAUGACGAGGCGUCCAAGGGAGACGGAGAGGAGAAGAAGAAGCUCCAUGGAGACGGCGUGUCUGUGAAAAAUGCCAAGAACAUAAUCGAGACGGCAAAGCAGGACGUGGACGACGAGUACAGCGUUGACGCGGAAACGACCUGCUUGGCGUCGUACUACGGUGUGGCUCAUGCUGUGGUGGAGAAAGUGGACAAACAGUCUACGCUUCUCAUCAAUGGAACACUCAAACACUACCAGAUCCAGGGCUUGGAGUGGCUGGUGUCCCUGUACAACAACAAUCUGAACGGUAUCUUGGCUGAUGAGAUGGGCCUUGGCAAAACCAUCCAAACCAUUGGUCUCAUUACUUACCUUAUGGAGUACAAGAGGCUCAACGGGCCGUAUCUGAUCAUUGUCCCCCUCUCCACCAUGUCAAAUUGGGUUUAUGAGCUUGACAAGUGGGCUCCAUCAAUCGUUAAAAUUGCCUACAAGGGUACACCUGGUUUACGCCGAGGUCUGGUGCCGCAGCUCCGCAGUGGGAAAUUCAAUGUUCUGCUCACCACUUAUGAAUAUAUAAUCAAGGACAAGCAUAUCCUAGCCAAGAUCCGCUGGAAGUACAUGAUUGUGGACGAAGGUCACCGCAUGAAAAACCAUCACUGUAAACUGACGCAGGUGCUAAACACUCACUACGUGGCUCCUCGCCGCGUCCUCCUGACGGGAACCCCCCUCCAGAACAAGCUGCCGGAACUCUGGGCUCUGCUCAACUUUCUCCUGCCGACCAUCUUCAAGAGCUGCAGCACCUUCGAGCAGUGGUUCAACGCUCCGUUCGCCAUGACAGGGGAGCGGGUGGAUCUGAAUGAAGAGGAGACGAUCCUGAUCAUCCGUCGUCUGCACAAAGUGUUGCGGCCGUUCCUGCUGCGCAGACUGAAGAAGGAAGUCGAGUCUCAACUCCCAGAGAAGGUGGAAUAUGUCGUUAAAUGUGAUAUGUCUGCGAUCCAGAAGGUUUUGUAUCGCCACAUGCAAAAGGGCAUCCUGCUCACGGAUGGAUCUGAGAAAGACAAAAAGGGGAAAGGCGGAGCUAAGACGCUUAUGAAUACAAUCAUGCAACUGAAGAAGAUCUGCAAUCAUCCAUACAUGUUCCAGCACAUCGAGGAAUCUUUUGCUGAGCACAUGGGCUAUCCCAAUGGAAUCAUUAGCGGGCCUGAUCUUUAUCGAGCGUCUGGGAAGUUUGAGCUCCUCGACAGGAUCUUGCCGAAGCUACACGCGACCGGGCACCGAGUUCUGCUGUUUUGCCAGAUGACGUCGCUGAUGACCAUAUUAGAGGACUACUUUGGCUACAGAAACUUCCAGUAUUUGCGCCUGGACGGAACCACAAAGUCGGAGGACAGAGGCAUGCUGCUCAAGAAGUUUAAUGAGGAGGGAUCUCAGUAUUUCAUCUUCUUACUGAGCACUCGAGCCGGCGGCCUGGGCCUGAACCUGCAGGCGGCGGACACUGUGGUCAUCUUUGACAGCGACUGGAAUCCUCACCAGGACCUCCAGGCGCAGGACCGCGCUCACCGCAUCGGUCAGCAGAACGAGGUGCGCGUGCUGCGGCUCUGCUCUGUGAACAGCGUGGAAGAGAAAAUCCUGGCAGCUGCAAAGUACAAGCUGAACGUGGACCAGAAGGUCAUCCAGGCCGGCAUGUUCGACCAGAAGUCGUCCAGCCACGAGCGCCGCGUCUUCCUCCAGGCCAUUCUAGAGCACGAGGAGCAAAACGAGGAGGAGGACGAGGUGCCCGAUGACGAAACUCUUAACCAGAUGAUCGCCCGCAAUGAGGAUGAGUUUGAGCUCUUUAUGCGCAUGGACAUGGAUCGACGCAGAGAAGACUCCCGGAACCCGAAGCGUAAGCCGCGCCUGAUGGAGGAGGACGAGUUGCCGUCUUGGAUCAUCAAGGACGACGCGGAGGUGGAGCGCCUCACGUACGAAGACGAGGAAGACAAGAUCUUCGGCCGCGGAUCUCGCUCCCGCCGGGACGUGGACUACAGCGACGCUCUGACCGAGAAGCAGUGGCUACGGGCCAUUGAGGACGGGAACCUGGAGGAGAUGGAGGAGGAGAUCAGGCUGAAGAAACGCAAACGUAAAAGACGCCCGGACAAAGACCGAGAGGACAGAGAAGAGUCCAGCGCAAAGGCCAAGAAAAGACGCGGCCGUCCACCAGCGGAGAAGUUCUCCCCAAAUCCUCCGAAACUGACCAAGCAAAUGAACACCAUCAUCGAUACGGUCAUCAACUACAGGGACGGAUCUGGACGACAGCUCAGUGAGGUCUUUGUCCAGUUACCCUCAAGGAAGGAGCUCCCAGAGUAUUACGAGCUCAUCCGAAAACCUGUGGAUUUCAAGAAGAUCAAGGAGCGUGUACGAAACCACAAAUACCGAAACGUGGGAGAUCUGGAGAAGGAUGUGAUGCUGCUUUGUUACAACGCUCAGACUUUCAACCUCGAAGGGUCUCAGAUUUUUGAGGACUCCAUCGUGCUCCAGUCCGUGUUCAGAAGUGCCAGACAAAAGAUCGCCAAAGAAGAGGAGAGCGAAGACGACAGCGACGAUGAUGAUGACGAGGAUGACGAGUCGGAGUCUGACGCAAAGUCGAUGCGCGUCAAGAUCAAGCUGAACAAAGAAUCUCGCGGCCACGACAAGGGGAAGAAGCGCUGCAGCCGCGGGAAGGCCAAGCCGGUGGUCAGCGACGACAGCGACGACGACCAAGACGACAAUGAUCAGUCCGACAUGAGCAAGAGCGACUACGACUGA